AUGGCGCCGAGCCCCACGCUGAAGAGCUCUUUGACCCAGGCAUUUCCGCCAAAGCCCAAGUUCACCGAAAAUAACUUGCCAGACCUCACAGACAAGAUUUACAUAGAACUGACCCGGCUGCUCUACACGAAACAUGCCAAAAUCUACAUGAUGGCUCGCUCGGAAGAGAAGACGAAAACGGCUAUCGAAGAUAUUCAGAAGACCACACCAAAUUCCGCCGGGUCCCUCCACUACAUCAAGCUGGAUCUCGCCGACCUGAGCACUAUAAAGCAGACAGUGCAGAGAUUUCUGGACUCGGAGACGAAGCUUCACGUCCUGUUCAACAACGCAGGGGUGUUGUCAGGCGCCAAAGAGAUGACCCUCACGGCUCAAGGCCACGAGCUGCAUACAGGCGUGAACGCCCUGGGCUCAUUCCUCCUAUCCCAGCUUCUGACCCCGAUCCUCACGGAGACGGCCCGCCUGGAGCCUGCUGGCACGGUCCGCGUCGUCUGGGUCGCAUCGUCCGCGGCAGAAAUGUUCGCCGAGGAGAGGGUCGGCGUCAGGCCCGAGACUCUCAGCCCGGAGGCCCAGGGGUCCCGGAACGGGCUCGAGCGGUACUGGCAUAGUAAGGUCGCCAACUGGGCCCACGCCACCGAGUAUGCAAGGCGCCAUCAGGCGGACGGAGUCGUCAGCGUCGCGGCCAACCCGGGGAACCUGCAGUCGGACCUCUACCGCGACCAGGGCUUCUUGUUCCGCGCCGCCGGGAAACUCCUCAUGUAUCCGCCCCUCAGCGGGGCGUACACGGAGCUCUUCGCCGGUUUGUCUCCUGAUGUGGACAUUUCAAACACUGGGUGCUGGAUUGUCCCGUUUGGCCGCAUCUAUCCCAUUCGAGAAGACAUGAUGUAUGCGACCAAGUCCGAAGCCGAGGGCGGGACUGGAGGAAAUUGUAAAUUUUGGGAAUGGAGUGAGGGGCAGGUCGCAGCGUUUGUUUAA